AUGAAGACCUUUACGAUUCUCGUCGGCCUCGCCGCAACCCUCGGCGCGGCCCAGGCCCCGAGCUUCCCUUCAGGCUUCCCUAAUUGUGGUGUGGUCUGUGUAAGCAACAUGUUGCGGGAGGCUUCUAAUCUCGGCUGUGGCAACGACUCCAGCGCGUCGUGCCUCUGCACCAACCCAGACUUCAUCUAUGGAAUUCGAGACUGCGCUACGGAGUCUUGCGAGGGGCAGGAUGCGACCCGGGUUAUUUCGUAUGGCGCCCAAUGGUGUGCCAAUGGUGGCGUAGCUAUUUCGGGCGUGCCCCCUGUUUCAGGAGAUACCAGCCCGUCUACGACCGUCAUCGCGACCGGUUCCUACACUAGUGGUGCAGGAUCGGGAGGAUCUCGCACCACUUCGCCUCCUGCUGGUCCUAGCGAAGCUGUUACUACCAUUACCAAUAGCGACGGUUCAGUCUUGACUAGCACUAUUGGUACCGCUUCUACGGAGAAUACUCAGGGCUCAGCUUCCGGCACAAAUGGUGGCGGCGCUCCUGUCCCAAUCUCAACCGCGACGAUCGAGUCAACGAUUACAAACGGCGAUAGUGUCAUCACGUCUCCCGUCGCCACGAGUACCAUCUUUUCUGACGGCGAAGCUCCCACUGGUUCCGAGUCUGGAUCUGUUGUCACAGGCGUGACCGAGUCGGUGAUAACUACUGACGGCUCAACUGUGACUACCAGCGUUACUACCACUGGUCCAGCACCCGCCGAGGGUACGGGCGAAACCGGGGGAAAUGGUGGCGAGCCCUCUCCGACCGAGGGCGCUGACGGUAAUUCGGCGCCAGCGAACCCGGCAGCACAGCGCACGGCAGCGCCAGCAGGCAUCAUCAUCGCUGCCGGACUGGCAGCCAUGAUGCUGUAA